ACUAAAACAUUUUCUUUCAAUCUCGCUUUGUCACAAUCAAGAAAAAUAUAAAAUAUUGAUAUGGAAAUGAAGGGGAAAUACUUGGUAACGAUUAUUCUACUGGUUGGUACGUUAAGUGUGGGGAUGUGUUCUAAUGGCUGGAUUAGUGCUCAUGCAACGUAUUAUGGUGUUAAUGAUAGCCCUGCCUCACUUGGCGGAGCUUGUGGGUAUGACAAUCCUUACCACGCCGGAUUCGGAGCCCAUACGGCGGCGCUAAGUGGUGCGCUAUUCAGAAGCGGUGAGUCAUGCGGUGGGUGUUACCAAGUGAGGUGUGACUAUCGGGCGGAUCCGAAGUGGUGUCUCCGAGGAGCCGCAGUGACGGUGACGGCUACAAACUUCUGUCCAUCGAACAAUAAUGGAGGUUGGUGCAAUCUUCCUCGCCACCACUUCGACAUGUCCAUGCCUGCUUUCUUCCGCAUCGCCCGUCGCGGCAAUGAAGGCAUCGUCCCCGUAUUCUACCGCCGGGUGGGAUGCAGAAGAAGAGGAGGUGUGAGGUUCACGAUGAGAGGGCAAGGUAAUUUCAAUAUGGUAAUACUAUCAAACAUUGGCGCCAGCGGCGCGGUGAAAGCGGUUGCGGUGAGAGGAUCAAGGGGAAAGACUUGGCUUCAAAUGACUCGUAACUGGGGUGCUAACUGGCAGAGCUCCGGCGAUCUCCGUGGAAAGAGACUCUCUUUUAGAGUUACUCUUCUUGACGGUAAAACGAUGACGUUCGUAAACGUUGUUCCUUCUACUUGGUGGUUCGGUCAAACCUUCUCUUCUGGAGGCCAGUUUCACUGAGUACAAGGUCUUUGAUACAAUUACGAAGUCUUGCUUGCUUUUUAUUAUUUGUGAGGCUAAUUUUCAACUCUUUGCUUAUUUAUGAACUUCGCCCUUUAUUUUUUUGGGGGAAUGUUCCUUUGAUCUUUAUUUUAUUACUAAUAAAUAAUUCCAUGCUUAAUUUCUUUUGUCGAAGUGGUUUCUCAUUUAUGUAUGAGCAUUACUCGAAAGGUUACAAGAGUUUUGCUGAAUCUAAUACUCCCUCUGUUUUUUAAAGAUGUAUGUUUUAGGAAUUUUUUUUGUUUCAAAAA